CAUUAAUCAUCUAGAGCUAGUAUUGCAGUAUAAAUAUGCAACUCAAUUCUUUUCUGUCAGGCUAUUUUUAAGGAAGCCCGGGCGCCUCCCCAAUGCAUUCUGGUAGCGGCCGCGCUCCUCUGUUGGGAUCCAGCGCUAACGUUAAACAGGUGAGAGCCAACUGUUCUCCAUCAUGUCUGUGAGAGAGUCCUUUAACCCAGAGAGCUACGAGCUUGACAAGAACUUCCGACUCACACGUUUUGCUGAGCUGAAGGGUAGCGGCUGUAAGGUUCCCCAGGAUGUCUUACAGAAGCUUCUGGAAAGUCUACAAGAGAACCACUAUCAGGAGGAUGAACAGUUUCUUGGAGCCGUUAUGCCCCGACUGGGCAUAGGGAUGGACACCUGUGUGAUCCCACUCAGACACGGGGGCCUUUCACUGGUCCAGACCACAGACUACAUCUACCCCAUCGUGGACGACCCCUACAUGAUGGGGCGGUUAGCUUGUGCCAACGCUUUAAGUGACCUGUAUGCCAUGGGCGUGACGGAGUGUGACAACAUGCUCAUGCUCUUAGGAGUGAGUAACAAGAUGUCAGAAAAGGAGCGGGACAAGGUGAUGCCGUUGAUCAUUCAGGGCUUCAAGGACGCGUCAGAAGAAGCGGGCACGUCGGUAACGGGGGGCCAGACGGUGCUCAACCCCUGGGUGGUGAUUGGCGGAGUGGCUACCACAGUCUGCCAGCCCAAUGAGUUCAUCAUGCCUGAUAACGCGGUACCCGGGGACGUGUUGGUGCUGACCAAGCCCCUUGGCACGCAGGUCGGGGUGGCGGUUCACCAGUGGCUUGAUAUCCCAGAGAAGUGGAAUAAGAUCAAGCUGGUUGUAACCCAGGAAGAUGUGGAGCUAGCCUAUCACGAAGCUAUGAUGAACAUGGCUCGACUCAACAGGACAGCGGCCAGCCUGAUGCACACCUUCAACGCCCACGCCGCCACCGACAUCACGGGGUUCGGAAUCCUGGGGCACGCUCAGACGUUGGCGCGGCAACAGCGGAGCGAGGUGUCGUUUGUCAUCCACAACCUGCCGGUCCUCGCCAAGAUGGCCGCCGUGUCCAAGGCCUGCGGCAACAUGUUUGGGCUCAUGCACGGAACUUGCCCGGAAACAUCAGGGGGCCUGCUCAUCUGCCUCCCCCGGGAGCAGGCGGCCCGCUUCUGCGCGGAGAUCAAGUCCCCGAAGUACGGCGAGGGCCACCAGGCCUGGAUCAUCGGCAUCGUGGAGAAGGGGAACCGCACGGCCCGCAUCAUCGACAAGCCGCGGAUCAUCGAGGUGGCGCCGCAGGCCGCCACCCAGAACGUCAACCCCACCCCCGGUGCCACCUCCUAAUCCUUCCCCCCCCCACCCCAACCCCGGAGCAACACGGAACCGAACUCAAGAGCCCCGCUCGACCGUUCUCAAGAGAGACACACACACACACACACACACACACACACACACACACACACACACACACACACACACACACACACACACACACACACACACACACACACACACACACACACACACACACACACACACCACCCCCUCCAGGGGGGUCGGUAUGUGUUGGCCGUACGACCGCUCACCAGGACAGUCGCAAAGGUCCGGCCCUCCCCCCCACUCGGCUCCGCAGACAUGAUCAACAUUUUGUAGCAAAACAAAAACAUACCCAUAUGCCUUUUGUGUGUCAGACGUUUGAAUCAUUACGUCCAGCGGAGGAGCGCGGUCGGCGGGGCGGCGCCUCAUCAGAACCGGGCCGUGCCGGAGGUCGAGGGGCGCGCUGUGGAUUGGCUCCCGGGGAUUUGCCAGGCGUGUCCUGGCUCUUCAGAAGGCGCUCUCCCAUCCAGCAGGGGGCUCAUGUGCCCACAACUUGUUUCCUGCGUCCACUCGAGUUGCGCCGGACUCUCAGCCUAGUUUUAGUCGACGCCGUUACGGAUGCCUUUAACGAGAUGUAGUGUAACCACCGGAAUAGUUGCUAUUUUUACUUUGUCCUUUUUUUUGUAUUGAAUCAUGUGAAACAAAAAGAAGAUUUAAUCGAAUGUGUCCUCCCCCCCAGUAAUGAGUUGCGAAAUCAGCGGAACGAACCAGUUGCCUGUCGACGACUCCCCAGUAAAUGGGCUGGUUUCCAACCCUGAUAAUGGGGAGAUGACGCGUCACGAACCGUCCCCUUCUCAAGAUGCUUGGCCUGGCCGACGGGGGGGACAGCUGACAAAUGCUCAUUUGUUUUUAUAAGUGUUGAGGGACUAGUUAUUCUUCAUACAAGGAUUUUUGUAAAAGGCCUGGAUGGAUUUGGAAAAAAGUCUGUACCCAUCUUUUCAACUAAAAUAAAAAGUAAAACUCUUCGAA